AUGUACUCGUCAUAUCCUGUCUCCAAACGCCUAAUUUCUGUCUAUAUUUUAGCUAUACAACUCCUAUUCGUACGCAGCGUCUCGUCCAUGAACCUUACCAAUGCGUACUUGCACCACAAUUGCCUAGUACGUGAAGGGAGUUAUAAGCCUGGAAGCAAGUACGAAGGUAACCUCAACCAUCUCAUCGAAGUAAUCUCUAACCGUAAAUUUAAUUACGGUAACAUAUUAAUGUCUUAUGGUGAGGCUCCCAAUUCUGUCACAAUCUUAUUCCAGUGCCGUGGCGACUCCUACGGGCCCAAUUGCCGCUCCUGCUAUGCUACCGCCAUUGCUGGGUUUCGUAGGAGGUGUCCAAGAAACAAAGCGGCAAUAAUAUGGUACGACCAAUGUUUUCUGGAUGUUGGUACGAUCGAAACCCCAUCCUCAGCGAUCGAUUACAAGAAUACGUUCUCUAUGUAUAAUCCAAACAACGUGAAUGGGGAUACACAGUCGUUCAACAGGAUGACAAGGGAGUUCCUCAACGAACUUAUGCUGAAAGCCAUUAUACCAGACGGUAUCAACUUGGUAAAUUAUGCUGCGGGGGACAAAAGGCUUGGGGCAAAGAGAUUGUAUGCAAUGGUGCAGUGUGCGAAAACCCCUGUGGAAUGUAAGGUUUGUUUGGAAUCGAGUAUCAAAGAGCUUUUCAAAUGCUGCGGUGGUAAACAAGGAGCAAGAUUGUAUUUGGGUAGGAGCUGUAAUGUUAGGUAUGAGCUAUAUCCUUUUCUUAGGGCUGAAAAUACUGUCGGAUGA